UUUAAUCAUACUCACCAUAAUUAUUCCAGACUGAGAAAGGAAUGAGGAAAUUUUCUAUCAGAAUAUGUGAAAAUAUUACAACAAGUGAAUAAAGAGGCCUUCACUGACCAGUACUCUGAUGAUCCCGCAGUGCACUAGCAAGCCAACUUAUUUAGACCUGGGCAAGAUUUCGACAUUUGAGGUUCUCAGUAGUGGGACAAGUGGGACUGUCUUCAAAGUAAUGGAUUGUUAUGGAAAAUUCUACGCGAUGAAGAUGCUGAAGUCAUUCAAAGACCCAGUUGAUAAUGAAACGGCCAAGGCGAGAUUUGACAAGGAGUCUAAGGCACUUCAAAAUUUAGAUCAUGACAACAUCAUGUCUGUCAUGGAGAGUAUGGAGAUACCUGGGCACAAAGGCAAUUUCCUAGUGAUGGAAUAUAUGUUCAUGGGAACCCUCGAACAACUUGAAGAUCUGAAUCCUCUCUGAUUUCAGGCUCGCGACGCGGGAUCAUUUGCAGACCUUUUGCAGUUCUGAUUUGUACGCUGCCCAUGAAAUUUAUCAUCAUCAACCAUAUACAGCUAAAGUGGACAUCUGGGCAAUUGGUUUAGUCAUUCU